AUGCGAAUCCAAUAAUUAGGCAAACGACUCAGCGUCAGCAACUUUAUUUAUUGAGAGAAAAGGCAAACAAGAGCGCAUACAGCCGAGACGAUGACAGAAAGCAAUUAAGCGGGAGACGCUGCUAAGUCUGGAUGAAUUUUUGUCACCAAAUCCAGUCCACGCUAAUGGUAAUGGAUCGGAAGGAAGGGAAGAGAAGCCCAGCUGCAGCUUCCUGGGCCUGGGCCUGUCUGUCAGGGAGAUCCAACUCACAGUAAUCAUAGUUCCAUCUUUGCUUUGAAAUUCGCACAUGCUUCCCAUCCAUCCACCUCAAAUCAGGAGAAGAAGAGAGAAGAAAAAAAACUUGAAGAGCAAGCUGGGCCGGACUAGUGUGGACUGUGGAGUGGAGUAAAAGAAGAAGAAGAAAGGAGUCUCGUUCCCCGAUCCGGCCACCUCUCCGCCGCCAGAUUCAUUCGCCUCGCCGCCGCCCAGCUCGCCCUCGCCAUCGCGCGGACCCCUCUCGCCUUCUUUCACCCAAACCGCAACACUACAGUAGCCCUCACUACUCCCCAACCCCCAUGCCAUUCAAAUCCCUCGCCGCCGCCGCCCCAAGAAGCGACUACUAGCUAGCCCUCACUCGGCCACUCGGUGACCAACAAACCCUAGCCAGCCAUGGUCUCGCGGGGGCUCUUCGGUUGGUCCCCGCCGCACGUGCAGCCGCUCACGCCCGUCUCCGAGGCCUCCGAGCCGCCGGAGUCGCCCUCCCCCUACGCCGCAGACGUCGGCGCCGCCGCCGACUCCGCCUCCGCAGCGCAGCAUCCCGAAGACGCCGACGCGGGGGGGCUCGAAGGGGACGACGAAGAUCCCGACCCGCCCCCCGCCGCCGUCCCCUUCAAGCGCCUCUUCGCCUGCGCCGACCGCCUCGACUGGGCGCUCAUGGCCGCCGGCGCACUCGCCGCCGCCGCGCACGGCGUCGCGCUCGUCGUCUACCUCCACCUCUUCGGCAGGGCCAUCCACUCGCUCCACGGCCGCCACUCCCACCACCUCUUCGACGACAUCAAGCAGCAUGCUUUAUACUUCCUCUACAUAGCAAUUGGUGUUUUCUUUGCUGGAUGGAUAGAGGUUUCGUGCUGGAUUUUGACUGGGGAAAGGCAGACAGCAGUAAUAAGAUCAAAGUAUGUCCAAGUCUUAUUAAACCAAGACAUGAGUUUCUUUGAUACGUAUGGAAACAAUGGUGAUAUUGUCAGUCAAGUGCUAAGUGAUGUCUUGCUUAUUCAAUCUGCUCUGAGUGAGAAAGUCGGAAACUACAUUCACAACAUGGCUACAUUUUUUGGUGGGCUUAUCAUUGGUUUGGUGAACUGUUGGCAAAUAGCUCUUUUGACAUUGGCUACUGGACCCUUCAUUGUUGCUGCAGGAGGAAUAUCAAACAUAUUUCUCCAUCGGCUGGCAGAAAAUAUUCAGGAUGCCUAUGGUGAGGCCGCAAGCAUUGCUGAGCAGGCAAUAUUAUACAUCAGGACUUUGUACUCCUUCACAAAUGAGACCCUUGCAAAAUAUUCUUAUGCUACUUCGCUUCAAGCAACUCUUCGCUAUGGGAUUCUGAUAAGUCUGGUGCAAGGUCUUGGUCUCGGGUUUACAUAUGGGCUUGCCAUAUGCUCUUGUGCCUUACAACUUUGGGUCGGGAGAUUCCUUAUCGUCCAUGGAAGAGCCAAUGGUGGUGAAGUUGUAGUUGCUCUGUUUGCUAUUAUUUUGAGUGGACUUGGACUUAAUCAAGCAGCAACAAACUUUUAUUCCUUUGAGCAAGGACGUAUAGCUGCGUACAGACUCUAUGAAAUGAUAAGCCGGUCAACGUCUACUGUAAACCAGGAUGGCCGUACCUUAUCUUCAGUGCAAGGCAACAUCGAGUUUCGUAAUGUCUACUUCAGUUAUCUCUCCCGCCCAGAAAUCCCCAUCUUAAGCGGGUUCUACCUUACUGUACCUGCUAGAAAGACUGUUGCUCUUGUUGGUAGAAAUGGUUCAGGAAAAAGCAGUAUAAUACCUCUCAUGGAGCGAUUCUAUGACCCAACCUUAGGUGAAGUACUUUUGGAUGGGGAGAAUAUUAAGAACUUGAAACUAGAGUGGUUAAGAAGCCAAAUAGGACUUGUGACCCAGGAACCAGCUCUGUUGAGCUUGAGCAUUCGGGAAAAUAUCGCAUACGGAAGAUCUGCUACAACCGACCAGAUUGAGGAGGCAGCCAAAACAGCUCAUGCACAUACUUUCAUCAGUUCACUGGAAAAAGGCUAUGAAACCCAGGUUGGCCGUGCUGGGCUUUCACUGACAGAGGAACAAAAGAUAAAGCUCUCCAUUGCUCGUGCUGUGCUCUCAAAUCCAUCAAUUCUUUUACUGGAUGAGGUUACUGGUGCUCUUGAUUUUGAGGCUGAGAAAGCUGUCCAGGAAGCACUAGAUGUUCUAAUGCUUGGCAGAUCUACUAUCAUCAUAGCUAGACGUCUCAGCCUUAUCAGGAAUGCUGAUUAUAUAGCAGUGAUGGAGGAAGGCCAACUUGUUGAGAUGGGAACUCAUGAAGAAUUGUUAAAUCUUGAUGGUCUUUAUGCUGAACUUCUUAAGUGUGAAGAAGCAGCGAAACUUCCGAAGCGGACACCGAUUAGAAACUACAAAGAGCCCAGCACCUUCCAAAUUGAACGAGAUUCCUCAGCAAGUCACAGCUUCCAAGAGUCAUCUUCUCCUGUUAUGUCAAAAUCACCAUCACUUCAGAAAACGCAUGGUUUUCUCGCAUUCCGAAACUCUGAUGCUAACCAUAACUCACGUGAGUCGCCAAACAUUCAGAGUCCUCCUUCGGAGCAAAUGGCAGAAGGCAGGUUACCUAUGGUUGCUUCUGAGAGAGCUCCGUCCAUCAAAAGGCAGGACAGUUUUGAAAUGAAAUUGCCUGAUCUCCCCAAGAUCGAUGUGCCCUUACACCGACAGUCUUCAAAUACCUCAGACCCAGAAUCACCAAUAUCACCAUUAUUGACUUCUGAUCCAAAAAAUGAGCGUUCCCACUCAAAAACUUUCAGCAGAACUCUUGAUAUGUUUGAUCAUUUUCAUGUUGAUGAGUCAAAGAAGGAUCAAACAAAAGCUCCAUCAUUUUGGAAACUUGCAGAGCUUAGCCUUACAGAGUAUUUCUAUGCUAUUUUGGGGAGUGCUGGCGCUGCUUGCUUUGGUUCAUUUAAUCCUCUUCUUGCUUACACAAUAUCUUUAAUAGUGGUGGCGUACUACAGAAUUGGUGUCCGCGAUGUACAUGAUGAAGUGAACAAGUACUGCUCAUUCAUUGUUGGCAUGGGUAUAAUUACUGUGCUGGCUAACUUCUUGCAGCACUUUUAUUUUGGUAUAAUGGGAGAGAAAAUGACUGAGCGUGUUAGAAGGAUGAUGUUUUCAGCAAUUCUGCGCAAUGAAGUUGGAUGGUUUGAUGAUGAGGAAAAUAGUGCGGACAUAUUGUCGAUGCGGCUUGCUAAUGAUGCAACAUUUGUCCGUGCUGCUUUUAGCAACAGACUUUCUAUUUUCAUCCAGGAUACAUCAGCCAUUUUUGUGGCUCUUCUUCUUGGCAUGCUGCUAGAAUGGCGUGUUGCUCUUGUUGCACUGGCAACUUUGCCAAUUCUUGUGAUUUCUGCAGUUGCACAGAAAAUGUGGCUUUCUGGCUUUUCUCGAGGAAUUCAGGAGAUGCACAGGAAAGCUUCUUUAGUACUUGAAGAUGCAGUGAGGAAUAUCUAUACUGUGGUGGCAUUUUGUGCUGGUAACAAAAUAAUGGAGCUUUAUAGAUUGCAGCUUGGAAGUAUUCUUACAAAAAGCUUUGUUCAUGGGAUGGGCAUUGGUUUUGCCUUUGGCUUCUCUCAGUUCCUUCUUUUCGCUUGCAACGCUCUUCUGUUGUGGUAUACAGCUGUUGCUGUGAAGGAUGGACAUCUUAGCCUGGUAACAGCACUCAAAGAGUACAUUGUCUUCUCUUUUGCGACUUUUGCACUGGUGGAGCCAUUUGGCCUUGCGCCAUAUAUUCUCAAGCGUAGGAAAUCCUUGACCUCAGUAUUUGAAAUUAUUGAUCGUGUACCCAAGAUUGAUCCAGAUGAUGCCAGCGGCCUCAAGCCCCCAAAUGUGUAUGGGAGCAUUGAAUUCAGAAGUGUUGAUUUUUGCUACCCUUCUCGCCCUGAGAUGAUGGUUUUGAGUAAUUUUAGCCUUAAGGUCAAUGGAGGACAAACAAUUGCUGUGGUAGGUGUAUCUGGAUCAGGGAAGAGCACAAUAAUUUCUUUGAUCGAGAGAUUCUAUGAUCCCACUGCUGGCCAAGUUUUGUUGGAUGGCCGUGAUUUGAAGUUGUUCAACGUGAGAUGGUUGCGGAGCCACAUGGGGUUGGUUCCUCAGGACCCUGUUAUAUUCUCCACAACCAUAAGAGAAAACAUAAUAUAUGCAAGGCACAAUGCAACAGAGUCUGAGAUGAAAGAGGCUGCCAGGAUUGCGAAUGCUCACCAUUUCAUUAGCAGCCUGCCUCAUGGCUAUGACACACAUGUGGGAAUGCGUGGGGUUGAUUUGACUCCCGGGCAGAAGCAACGCAUCGCCAUUGCCCGUGUAGUGCUGAAGAAUGCGCCCAUCGUGUUGCUAGAUGAAGCCAGCUCCGCAAUCGAAUCCGAGUCAAGUAGGGUGGUGCAGGAAGCCCUUGAUACGCUGAUCAUGGGGAACAAGACUACAAUUCUCAUUGCACACAGGACGGCAAUGAUGAAGCAUGUGGAUAACAUUGUCGUGUUAAAUGGUGGUAAGAUUGUCGAGCAGGGAACACAUGAUUCACUGGUGCAAACGAAUGGUCUGUAUAUCAAGUUGAUGCAGCCUCAUUUCACCAAGGGAUUCCGCCAGCGUAGACUAAUAUAGGUGAUGGUCCGGUAGAUUUUGUACAUGACUCCAUGGAAUUAAGCUGAUCUGUUUUUGCUUCACUGACUGGUCUCGGGCAACAUGGAAGGCAGCUUCCAGUUACAGCAAAGGGAUGAUGUUACAGACGUUCGUGAUCCGACAUAACAGGGAUUGUCGUGGUAGGCUCUGGGACACAUGGUAUUUAUUGUUCUAAAUUGCUAGGAGGGCUCUGAUGGCGCUGAAACACCAUUGUUCUAUAUCGUUCUAAAGUGCAGGAGCCUUGAGGAAGCUGAGAUGCCAUUGUGCAAAGUUAUAUUACGAAAUUAUGACACAUUGGGUUCGGCUCCAAUAUUGUGUGAUUUAUCCAACUGUAAUGAAUUUGAGCAAAGUCCAGCAUGGGAGUUUUGUGCCCUAAGACAUGCCCUGUGCUGUGCUGUGCAGGCUCUGUGCUCUGCCUAUUCAUUCAUGGCCUUUUUUGGUUUUUGGUGUAGUUUUGAACUAGGGUUAUUUAAAUUUUGCCUGUUUUAGGAUGCGGCGUUAGUUGUUGCUGGGUGUGAAGGUGUAAUUACAGGAGUAGUGGAGGAUGGAUGGAUGUUGUUUUUGUUGCUUAAUUUGUGGUAGCCCUAGGCCAUUUUUGUUUGGUACAUACUUGAACCUCUUAAUUUACUGGAUGCUCGAGGCUGUGUGCAUA